AUGGCCUCUACCCGCAGCAUCCGCCGUACUCGUGCUACCGCCGAACCAGAAGCAACAAACACCAGUGAAGAAAACCGCGAAACGCGCACCCCUGCCACUGAAAGUGUGCAACAAGCAUCAACCUCUCCUAUGGAACCAGACUCUGAGCAUAGUUCAGAAGGGGACACCUCUUCUGAAGAUCUGAAUGCAAUUGAGGCCGAGAAGAUAGCUGUGACUAGGAGAAUUAAGAAGUUACAGGCUGAGAAGGAAUUGCGAGAACUCCAACACCGGUGCAAUACUUUACUGCAAGAAUUGGAUGAAACCAUCCCAGCCACCCGAAAUACACUCGAAGCGCAUCCGAACCAUGGUAGAGACGCAACUAGCGUGAAUUGUAACCGCGAAAACGCCACAAGCAUCCUCGGACCACCGGAGCCUACGCUACAAGCGCCCAACACCUUAGUGGAAAGCGCCGUGACUACUGUCAGUGGGAGACGUAGUCGGGUACCACUUUGGCAAUUAGAACUUCGAGAUCCCGGCAUGAGCGGUCACCCUCCUCGGAGAGAUGUGGAAAAGUUCCGAGGCCAAAGCAUGAAAGAAUUUGAAAACUUUGUUACAGCUGCUAUCGCUUUCCAUGCCAGUGAUCUUGAUUAUUACAACGAACACGACCAUCGGAAGGUCAUCGAAGCCGUCACUCAUUUCAAUGUCGAGAUGCAACAACAAGAGUUAAGCUAUGAUGCCACUCUUCACAAACUUGCAAUAGCAGAAUCAAAUCUGCCAGAAAGACGGAAGAAACUUAAAGAGAAGUCAAACUUCAGAAACCCUACUCAAAGCUUUAACAACAGAAAUAAUGCUGAACACAAAGGACUCAAAAAACGCUUAAAGCGCGCCAUUCAGCUCGCAAUGGCAACUAUAAGCGCGGAAAGUCGAUGCAAAAAUGCCUUAAGUUUCAAUGUCACAGUGGAAAUCACUACGCCUAAGAGUCUGCAAAAAGUGCUUGCACUAGUAGACUCUGGGUCAGAAGUGAACUGUGUCGAUGAAUUUUGGGCAAAAGACCACAAUCUAGAAGCUGCUCACCGCAAAACCAAGAUGGUCAAAUCGAUUGAUGGAUGCAUAAUGCGCUCCUUUGGAGAGUAUAACAUUGCAACCACUGUCACUGAUCACAAGGGUAAUGCACAGCAGACAUCUCAUUCCUUCCAUGCGAUGAAAAUGAAGGACUACAAUCUUGUGUUAGGAUUUCCUUGGUUAAAACAAACAAAUCCUCUUAUAGAUUGGUCAGAUGGACAAUUCUUCUUCAGAAGCUCUGGAGAUGAACAACAGCCUCAAAUUAUUUCUGAACAAGAUGUUUUAGCUGAAGUUCUCACCGGAGCCAGAGUAGGAAUGCUUGUAGUAUUACCUACAGAAUGUUCAAAAGACCCAAAGCAUGCUCCACGCGUAUUCUCGGCUGCAUAUUCGGACUUGCCGACCGGCCUACCCGAUUAUGUUAUGCCAUACGCGCAUAUCUUCUCAGAAGAAGCUGCUAUAAGCGCGCAAAGACCAGAAGAGGCGGAACACCGCAUAGAUCUCGAGCCUGGUGCGCGACCUCCAUUCAUGCCGAUAUACAACCUCUCUGAAACUGAGUUAGCUGCCCUAAGAGAAUAUUUAAAGAAUGCAUUAGACAAAGGGUGGAUACAACCGUCCAGUAGCCCGGCUGGUGCACCAAUUCUCUUUGUCCCCAAGAAAGAUGGUGGACUCCGUCUUUGUGUAGACUAUCGAGGGUUAAAUCGAAUCACCAUCAAGAACCGAUACCCUCUACCUUUAAUAAGUGAAUUACUUGACAGGCUCUCAAAAGCCAAGGUAUUCACUAAGCUGGACCUUCGAGAUGCCUACCACCGCAUACUUAUAGCGGCAAAAGACCGUUGGAAGACAGCCUUUAGAACGAGAUAUGGACAUUUUGAAUAUGUAGUUAUGCCAUUUGGAUUAGCUAAUGCUCCAGCGACAUUUCAAGCAUACAUUAACAAUGCCUUGUCUGAUUUGUUGGAUAUAUGUUGCGUUGUUUAUUUGGACGACAUUCUCAUAUUCUCCAAUUCAAAGCAGGAACAUAAAGUGCAUGUUACUAAGGUGCUAGAACGUCUCGAGCGUGCGAAUCUAUUUGCAAAACUCUCUAAAUCCCCAUUAUUCGAACUUACAAAAGGGAGCAAGAAAGGGGAAAGAAAAGCCACUUUUAUGUGGACAGAAAGUGCCCAAAGCGCUUUCAAUGAGCUCAAAUCGCGCUUUAUGCGUGCUCCUUUAUUAGCUCAUUUUGACCCAGCUCGGCGUAUUCAGAUUGAACCUGAUGCGUCCACUUUUGCAGUCGCUGCUAUCCUGUCACAAUUGCAGGAUGACGGGCACUGGCAUCCAGUUGCCUUCUGGUCAAGAAAGUUGAUUGAUGCGGAAACGCGUUAUGAUACUCAUGAUAAAGAACUCUUGGCUAUUGUAGCAGCAUUUAAGAAUUGGAGACACUAUCUGGAGGGAAGCCAGUAUCCAAUUCAAGUCUGGUCUGAUCAUGCCAAUCUGCAGUACUUUAUGACGACUAAGGAACUGAACAGACGUCAGGCCAGAUGGGCGGAAGCUUUAUCUGCUUAUGAUUUUGUAUUACUGCACCGCCCUGGAUCAAAGAAUCCAGCUGAUGGGCCCAGUCGUCGCGCAGACUACAGUGAGGCCUAUAAUGGCCAAACUAUGUUACCUACCCUGCAACAGAAACUGAAACAUGGAGUUAAGCUAGGCUGGGAAGCUGAUACUUCUUUUCAAAAUGAUAUUUCUUCUGAUGUAGUCUGUGCACGGGUCUCUAAUGAGCAAAAUGCUCCUUUUAAUGAGCGAAAAGCGCUCCAUACGUCGACGUCUUAUACCUCUCGCGUAAACUCUUCCCCUCUGAUGCGCGUUGAGCAAUAUAUGCCCCGGAUUGCAGUCAAUAAGGCUAUUCUUGGGGACUCAGCAUAUACAGAAAUGCCUGAAUCCUUCACCUCAUUUCUGAGUAAAGCACAGAAGAUUGAUUCUUUUGCUGCUGAGCAAAGAGAGAAGGUAAAAGAGAAGGGUAUGACUGUUGCUGAAAAUAUGCUAUGGACAAUUUCUGAGGAUGAUAUAUUGCGUGCUGAUGGUCGCGCAUAUGUCCCUCAACAAAAGGCACUCAUUGAUGAAAUUAUCAGUGCAAACCAUGAUGAUCCGCAGGGGGGUCACUUUGGUAUAAAAAAGUCCAUAGACAGCAUCCAGGACAAAUACUAUUGGCAUGGGCUAGUCAGGGAUGUCAAAGAUUAUAUAUCCACUUGUGAUACUUGUCAAAGAGUUAAGCCAAAACGGCACAGACAAUAUGGAGAGUUGGGUAUAAUUCCCUUACCAUCAAAUCCUUUUGAAUCCAUUACUAUGGAUUUUAUUACAGGCUUGCCAGCCUCUACAUUCCUCCACCAAACCUACGAUGCGAUUUUAGUGAUUGUGGAUAUAUAUACCAAGUUUACGAUCUAUAUUCCUUGCACCAAAAACAUUACAGCGGAUGAGCUAGCGGAAAUCGUUUAUACCAAGUUCUAUACAAUUUACGGAGUACCUAAAAACCAUAUAUCCGAUCGAGGUUCGCUGUUUACAAGCCAUUACUGGUCCACCUUUUGUUACAUGCUAGGCGCACGCCGGAAACUUUCGACAGCCUUUCACCCUCAAACAGAUGGCCAAACGGAACGACAGAAUCAAACCUUGGAACAUUAUCUCCGAUGCUUUGUCAACUAUCAUCAAGAUGACUGGGCACGCUGGCUACCACUAGCACAGUUUGUUUACAAUACCUCUCAACAUGCCUCUACUGGAAUGGCACCCGCGGAAGCCUUAAUGGGAUAUCGACCUGAUUUGAAAAUUAACGUCAGCAAACCACCACAACCGGUUGCCAUACAUGCUGCUAGCCGCGCGAAACAUAUUGAGGAAACACGCCACAAGCUCAUCGAGAACCUACAAAAAGCACGACAAGCACAGAAAAUCUAUUACGAUGCAAAACAUAAGCCUCAACAAUUUAAAAUAGGUGACUACGUCAUGCUCAAUGCAAAAAACCUCCGAUUACUACGCCCGGUUCGUAAACUCGACCAUAAAUAUGUUGGACCCUUCAAGAUUCUGAAUACCAUCGGAAAACAAGCGUACAAACUGGAACUGCCACCUUCAUAUAGAAACAUCCAUCCUGUAUUCCAUGUUUCUUUAUUGGAGCCAUACAACCGCAGGAAUGGAGCUUUACCAGAACCAGGACCGGAACUUGUCGACGGCGAAGAAGAAUACCAAGUUGAGGAAAUUCUUGAAAAACGACAACGAAAAAACAAACCUCCGGAAUAUCUUGUGAGAUGGACAGGUUGGGGACCUAGUGGUGAUACAUGGGAACCGGAAGAAAACAUAUUAAACACUCAGGCAUUCGAAAUCUUCCUUGAACAAGAAAAUGAACGACAAAUACAAAACCAACAUACUCCCAAACGCCAAAAGCGCGAAUCUCAAGUUGAAAAACGCUAG